AUGUAUAACAACCUUACAAUAUAUAAAGUCUGUUUGUGUGGAAGUCAAGGUGUUGGUAAGACGUGUUUGGUUAAUCGAUAUACAAAGAACACUUUCAAUCAAGCAGAAAAAGCCACCAUCGGCGCGAACUUUGUUGCGACAAGUUACAUGCGAAAGGGACAAGAAAUCAAAUUAGCACUUUGGGAUACUGCUGGUCAAGAAAAAUACAAAUCGAUGGUUUCAAUGUAUUAUAGAGGAAGUCGUGGUGCGGUGAUUGUAUACGAUGUGACAAAUCCAACAACAUUUGAUGACGUUCGAAUGUGGCAAAGUGAAUUGUUAAAAGCGGAGCCCGAAGUUGUAUGUAUGCUUCUAGGAAACAAGUCUGAUGCUGGUGCAGACCGCGUAGUUAAAACUGAAGAUGCUCAAAGACUAGCAACAGAAUUAGGGAUGCUCUACGCUGAAGCUUCUGCGAAGACUGGGAAUGGUGUCAAAGACGCGUUCGUCAAGUUGUUCGACGCAAUCAAUCUCGACGACCAAAUGGGACAGAAGGAAACUCUCCAACUGAAUAAAGGAAAGGAACAAGACAGCGGAUGCUGCUAA